AUGGCCGCGCCGCAAUUGAGAAUUAUUGGCGGCCUCGCGCGCAGCAUGCGCGUCUCCCGCCGCGCCUUCAGCGUCUCCGCCCGUCAGCUCGAAUCGACUGUUCCGACGACACGAGACGAGUUCAAGACUCCCACGCAGACCGACGACGCCCUCCCUGUUGACAUCAGCCAGGCUCCCAACCGCGUGGGAAUUUGGUCCCGAAGCCAGAAGCCGCGAGCUACUGCCAUGACUGGCCCUCGAUUCGAGCAGACCGACUUCGAAGUUCAGCCCCAACCUCUCUCUGCAAUGGAGAUGGUCCACAAGCAGCCAGUUCGAUGGACUCACGACCGAAUCGUGGUCUGCGAUGGUGGCGGCAGCGCCGCCCAUGGUCACCCCCAGAUCUUCAUCAACACCGACAAGGCCGAGAUCGCUACCUGCAACUACUGCGGCACACCAUUCGCCAACGAGCACCAUCGCAAGCACCUCGAAUCUCUCCCUGCGACAUCCUACCCUUUGUCAUAA